GAGGGUAUUUGUUUUAUUUUGGAUAGCGUAGGCUACUUUUCAUAAGCGAGCUGUAGAAAAAAUAUGAAUGCCGCUUCCGGCAACACGGCUACAAAAGGGGUGUAGUUUGUGAUGGCCGGUCUCUUGUUCUCAAAGCCACGGAGAGAGAACCAGGCGACAGUGUGUGUGAGGCUCCGGAGACGCCGUUGGUUUUCAACCUGAUCAAUUCUUGGAGCCGUCUUGAAUAAAUAAAGACAAAAAGAACGAAUUUGAGUUGUCCAAAGCGUCCUCUGUUGCCCUCUAGCAUCAAGUCAGGCUAAUCACUGGUACAGGCCAAAAACCUGAAGGACUUGACAGUUGAAAACCAAGCGGAGCAGCCUGGGCCAGAGGAUAAAAGGCUUCAGACGUCCAGAGAAAGCUGUUGACGCAGAUAAGGGAAACUGUGGAUUUCCAUUAGCUCAAAAUGGCGGAAGAAAUCCUGGGGAAGACGGUUAAAGAGCUCAAGAAAGCAAGAACAAGUGCAAAAAGCAACUUCACCAGGCAGGCCAACUACCUCAACAGAGAAGCAGGUAGAAUGGUCGAAGCAGAGCUAAGGGAGGAAUUCACCAAGCUGAAAGAGGGAUUAAAAAAGGUUCUUGAAGCAAAUGAGGACUGCAUGGCUGGGUUGCAGGCAGACGCUCAAAAGGCCGAAGGAAAGGAAGAAGAAGUUCUUGCAAAGCGGGAAGAGGCCGAUGUUGAAAGGACUGCAGAGGAGGCUGAAGCCAGAAUGGAAGAGGUGAGAGGCCUUAUUCAAGAUAACCUGUGGUCCAGAUAUGGCCGAUAUGAGCUCAUCACUGCAAUUGAGGAAGCAGAAGAAGCCAGUGAACAAGCUGGGAAUGUGCCUGUGGAGGGAACCAACCUGGAAGGCUACGGGGUGCUCCUGACCAUUCUAGAGAGGCGGAGGAAGGAGGCCACCAGAGUGAUGGCAGCUUGGGAGUGCUGGAUACCCAUGAUGGCGAAAUCAGAUCUAGCUGGCAGAGUCAAGGACCUCAAAGCAAUAAGGAAUAGACUUGAGAUGAGGCAAGGUGAAUUUGUCAACUCACGCAGGAUUGCAGCGGAGGAACUGGAAGCAGAAGCGCCAGGUAGAAGGGGAGGACUGCCAUCACCAGCAAUACCAGUAGUGAGGAUUAAGCCCACAAGUCUUCCCAUCUUCUAUGGCUGCAGAAGAGAAUACUACCGAUGGAGGAAAGCCUGCAAAGACAGGGGGAGCCAUCUGGAUCUUCUGAAGCUAAGAAAAUGCAUCUUCUAG